AUGGAGUCGUUCCUUGUAUUCUCUCCCACCACCCAGCUAUUGCCAGCGGUGUUGAUCGUUGGUGUCUUGACCGUCUUCAUUGGUAACCUUUUACUCCAGUUUUCGUCCCGGGGAGGUGCCAAACCCCCUGUUGUAUUCCACUGGGUACCAUUUGUUGGGAGUGCAAUUAGCUAUGGACUCGAUCCAUAUCGAUUCUUCGCAUCCUGCCGUGAGAAGUAUGGCGACAUCUUCACUUUCGUCCUGCUAGGCCGUAAAAUCACCGUGUAUCUGGGAGUCAAAGGGAACGACUUCAUCCUCAAUGGAAAGCUCCAGGACGUGAAUGCCGAAGAGGUAUAUUCGCCUCUUACUACUCCGGUUUUUGGUUCGGACGUUAUCUAUGACUGUCCAAAUCAAAAGCUCAUGGAACAGAAGAAGGUUAGCGCGCUCUCUUGCAUUAUUUUCGAGUUGAAUAGCUGA